CGAAACUAAAAAGUUAGAAAACCGGAAGUGAUACUUGUCAAUAUGGAGGACCGUCACCAUGUCAUAGAACAACUAGCCAGCGAUGAGGAGUUCAGAAAAUUUUUAGAUGAAACGUUUGAUGUGAAAGCUCAUGCAAAUCAGGCGAUUCAAGGGAAGGCCAUAUCUGAGCAGUUAUCAAAACUAGCUGAGGGCAUCUCUCUGCUUGACAGAGAAAUUCAUUCUCAGAUUGUUGCACACCAUGAGGACCUGCUAUCACAAGCUACAGGUGUGGAGACGUUGGAAGGUGUUCUUCAGAUGAUGCAGUCUAGGAUUCAGUCCCUGCUGGCAGCAAUGGAUCGAAUCCAUUCUAAAGUGUCAGAACCAUUUAACAAAAUCUCAUCAAGAACAACACAAUUAAGAAAUCUGCAAGAUACCUGUGAUCUCCUAAGAAGAAUCAUUAGAAUCAUGUACCUCGGCAAGAGGUUAAACAGUCAGCUCCAGGGGGGAGCAAGGGAAAUAACCAAGGCUGCUCAAAGUCUCAACGAAUUAGAUUAUAUCUGUGAGGGAGUGGAUCUCAGUGGGGUGGAAAUCAUAGAACAGGAUCGUCGUUUUAUCAAACAAGCCAGAAAAGACGUGGAGUCACAGGCUCACAAAAUGUUAGAGCAGGGAAUGGAAACACAGAAUCCAACACAAGUAGCGACUUCUCUCCAAGUGUUUCACAACUUGGGCAGUUUACACCACAUAGUGGAGAGGGUGAUACAGAACUGUAUAGAAAACCUGAACAAGAACGUCAGAACCAGUCUGGACGCUCAGAGUCUGGCCCAACAGAACGUUCCAAGGGGCAGAGGAGGCCCAGGUCGGGCAGCCAUGCCAGUCACAGGAAAUACUGCAGCAUUCCGAGCCUCUCUCUGGACCAACAUGGAGAAGCUGAUGGACAAUAUCUAUGCUUCUUGUGCUCAGGUGCAACAUUUACAGAAGGUUUUGGUGAAGAAGAGGGACCCAGUGACACAUGUUUGCUUCAUAGAAGAACUGGGAAAGCACAAGGAGGGACCUGUCAACAUCAUGCAGGAAUUCUGGGAAAGCAUCACACACAUGCUGACCAAUGAAUUCAACAAUGCUUCAGAAGGUAACCUUGCCUCUACACACCUAAAGCAGGCCUUUGAGGGAGAAUAUCCAAAGUUGUUACGAUUAUACAAUGACCUUUGGAGACGACUUCAACAAUUCAGUAUCACCACUGCAACGUCAGUGUCGCAAUCGGAGCCUUCAGGUGAAGAAGAAACAAAUACAGAGGAUGACAUCUUUAUUCCAGGAAGUAAACGGAACCAGUACGACUCAGAAAAAGCAUUAAGGAAUACACUAACAAAGUUUGAGAAUGCUUACCUGUCCAAGUCGUUAUCUAGAUUAUUUGACCCCAUUAACCUUGCCUUCAGUUCAGCGAACCCCCCAACUACACAGGAAGUGGAAACAAUCGUCAAAACUAUUUCCAGUGAGUUGAAUGUUGCCAAUGUUGAUGCCAAGCUCUGCAACACUGUGGCUAAAAAUGUUGCCAAGACAAUUCAGCUCUUUGCAGUGAAAAGUGAACAACUGCUGGUAACAGAUGGGGAGGCCAGUCAGGUGAUUGGACCGUCCACUCCUGGUCAACAGAGAAACGUGACCAUGGUCAAUAUACUGUAUCUACUGCACCAGUCCAUAACAAAGUUGCUGGAAGGAUUGAAUCACUUCCCCCCUGAGGCCAUGGAAUCCAUUCAGAAGUCUCUGGAGGGUAAACCUCCUCCGGGAGUGGUGGUCCUCAUGAGUAAUGCUAUUUCUCCUCUGAUGUCCUCGGUCCUUGAUGCUGUAGAAGCCAUCAUUCUUACCAUGCACCAAGAGGACUUCUCAAGCUCAGCUACACCAGACCCAAGCAAAGAGGCACAGUGUUCUCUGUACAUGAGAGAGCUCCAGGAGUUUGUGUCUCGCUGUCAGACCGACUAUUUAUCUAGAUACGAGUGUCAGGAUUUUAUAUAUGAUAGUAUAAAACCUAUUGCCUGUCGCUGCGUUGAGCUCUUUGUGAGGCACGCCAGUUUGAUUCGGCCUCUUGGAGAGGGCGGUAAGAUGAGACUGGCCGCUGAUUUUGCCCAGAUGGAGUUAGCCAUAUCACCCUUCUGUAGGAAAGUGUCUGAUCUUGGAAACCACUACAAAUUACUCAGGGCAUUUAGGCCUCUCCUGUUCCAGAAUGCUGAACACAUCAGUAAAAGUCAGGCCAUUGGUGACAUCAUUCCAUACAGUACCAUUCUGCACUUCUUGUUCGCGAGAGCUCCACAGGAAAUGAAAUCUCCCCAUCAGUCAGCUGACUGGUCCAUCAGUAGGUAUUCACAAUGGUUAGAGGACCACCCUUCUGAAAAGGAUAGACUCACUCUUAUCAAGGGUGCUUUGGAGGGAUAUGUAAAUCAAAUGAAAUCCAGGCAAGCAAAAGAGUUUGCUGAAAUUUAUCCAAUCAUGUUGGACUUAUUACAAAAAGGGCUUCAAACAUGUUCUUGAUGAUUAUUAUUAAAUGUUUUACAAUUCAA